AACCCACUGGUCAGUUAUGUGACUUAUGAUAAUGUCUUGAUGGUCUGCCUCCUUUUCCUCGGGGAAAUCUUCGCUAUAUUCGGUAUCGCCGCCAACAUCAUCAACAUCGCGGUGUUCGUGAGACAAGGCCUCAGCGAGACGAUCAACAUCAGCUUCGCCUCCCUGUCGGCCAGCAACAUUGGGGCUCUGGUCACUUUUCAGUGGUACAGCGUCUGCGUGAACCCGUGGUUCCUGCGGGCGGACAUCCCGUUCCUGCCCAUGGACAUUCAGACCCUCACCGCGGGUUACCCUCACAACUAUUUCUCCCGCGUCGCCGGGUUCAUCACGGCCUUCGUGGCGUUCGAACGCUACCUGUGUGUGGUGGUGCCGCUGAAAGUCAGAAGGAUCAUCACGAAGAGGUUGACGAUCGUCUUCAACAUCGGCGUGUACGUCGUCAUGGUGAUGAACUCCUUCCCCGUGUACUACGUCUCCCGGUUCGACUGGAAGUUUGAACCCAUCGCGAACAAAUCUCUGUACGGUCUCAUCUACGCACCGAACAGACACAACGUGAUGCGUGUCUCCUACUUCAUCACUGAUUUCAUCGUACCGUUCUCCGCCUUCUUUGUCGUCAUUUUCUGCACGAUCAACUUGGGCGUUACUCUCAAAACCAAAGCCGUAUGGAGAAAAUCUGUUUCGAGACCAGUUUCAACUUCCGGAGAUGACAUGGGGACGAAAGAGCAAAAAGUUGUCUUAAUGAUUACGACGGUGUCUGUCCUAUUCAUUGUUUCAUUUUUACCGCUGUCGCUCUUGCUGGUGGCGCGCGCGGUAGUUCCAGAUUUAGGUUUUGGUGGGAAAGACUUGAACCUGGCUGUGCUGCUCGCGUCUGUUGCGUUAUUGAUGGAGACCGUCAAUGCCAGUGUGAGUAGUUUGGUGUACUUCAAGAUGAGCACCAAGUUCAGGGUCACGCUGCUGGCCAUCUUCGGACUACGGCGAAAUUUUGAGCUUGCAAGUUAG